GUGUCCGUCUACUUUCUCCCGUCAUAUAUAUAGUUCGACUCGAAUCUGUUACUCAUUCAGUUGUUCCCGUCAACACGUGUUGGAACAUUACCUAGUUAUAGUCACUGUCAAGAUUUGCUCAUUAUUUCAAGUAGUUUCCAGUGCAUAUACAACGUCUCUCCUGCCUCCUGAGGUAAAAUCGAGCUAACUAUACGAGAUUCGGUCUCUCUUACAUUCUUCGAGGGCUGAAACCAAUAAAAUUUUGAAACAUGCGAGGUCAAAAUGAUCUCUGGGUCGUAGCCUUCCUUAUAACAGUGCUUUUGCAGGAUAGUUUGCUAGCAAUCGUGAACACCGAAGAUGCCACGACGAAGAAACAGGCCACUUUAUCGCAUAGAGAGCAAGAAAAGAAGCUCCUGGAUUUAGAAGGGUCGGAAACUUCGUAUUACAAAAUGUUCACGGUUCAUAAUCAUUUCUCUGGUUCCUAUCGUCCGACUGUCUAUCAUUCUCCACAUCCGACGUUCUCGUACUUUCCAUCUUCGUCGGGCUUCCCAAAUUCCAACUUGCCUUUCGCUUCCGGUCAAAAUACGAGCAACGAUGUUCACCAACAAAUUCAGUGCGGUGACACUUUUCCCCAGAGCUGUCAGCAUUCGCGAUAUCGAAGUUACGAUGGUUCCUGUAAUAAUCUACGAAAUCCUACCUGGGGCCUGGCCAAUACGAGAUACGGGAGACUCGUACGUCCGCGUUACAGCGAUGGAAUUCAAGCACCGCCGGGAUCAAUCUUCGGUGAGGAUCUGCCAUUAGCUCGGGUUCUCAGUUACACAAUGUUCCCGAAUAACGAUGUCAACGACAUGGUAUGGACUCUGGUAGCGAUGCAAUACGGACAAUUCAUAACGCACGAUAUGGGCUUGAUCGACGGCACGACUCAAUCGAAAUCACACAGCACACGAUGCUGCACAUUGGACGGCCAGGUAGCACCGGAUUUGGCGACAAUGCCCCGAUGCUUCCCGAUAUUAUUACCGGAGAACGAUCCGGUGUACGGCGGCUCUUCCAUACAGUGUAUGAACUUCGUUCGUAGUACGACUGACCUUGAUCGUGGCUGUUCGUCUCCGUAUAAGUCGCGCACGGCGGAACAGCUAAAUACAGUCACCCACUAUCUGGACCUCUCGCACGUUUAUGGAUCGAGUGACGAAGUUGCCGCUAGUUUGCGAGCCGGUUUUGGCGGCCGUCUGAAUGUGGAAUUGAAACGUAACAGAGAAUUUCCACCGACGGCUUCUAAUAAAACUGCCACAUGCGACACAGUUUACGAAUUCGAGCCGUGCUACGCUACCGGUGAUACGCGAGCCAAUCAAAAUCCACAGCUGACGAUUUUACAUGUCAUGCUGGUCAGGGAACAUAAUCGUAUUGCUGAUUAUCUGGCGCAUUUGAAUCCUCGCUGGACCGACGAAACGACAUUCCAAGAAACGCGCCGCAUUGUGAUCGCUGAACAUCAGAAUAUUGUGUAUUACGAGUGGCUGCCAAUCUUCUUAGGCGCAACGCAAGUCUAUGGUAACAAAAUUCUUUACAACACUCAAGAUUACGUGGACGAUUACGACGAAACAGUCAACGGUAAUGUGCUAAACGAACACUCGAAUGCAGCCAUUAGAUAUUUCCACUCAAACAUUGCUGGCUUACUCAACUUAGUGUUGGAAAACCGAUCUUCCUUCGCUGCUCUGAGAUUGAGCGAUCACUUUAACAGACCCGGCAUCAUAGAGAUGGGCAACAAUCUGGAUGAUUUGACGAGGGGUUGUGCACAUCAGCCGCAAAAGGAUACUGAUUUAUUCUUCGAUAAAGAGAUCACGCAGUUUUUGUUCAGAAGAGGAAGGACCCUUGGGUCUGACCUGCGAGCGAUAGACAUUCAAAGGGAUCGCGACCACGGGCUCGCUUCAUACAACGAUUAUCGUGAAUACUGUGGACUGCCACGAGCGAGAGUCUUCAAUGAUUUUACCGAUUAUAUAUCCCCUUCGGAUAUACAAAAACUCUCCUCGUUAUACGCUAGUCCGGAUGAUGUCGAUUUAACUGUCGGUGGAGCCUUAGAGAGACAUGUUACCGGAGCGCAGGCUGGACCGACGUUUCUAUGCAUCAUGUUGAGACAAUUCCAACAGACGCGAAUCGGUGAUCGUUACUGGUUUGAAACAGGAGACCCGAAAGUAGCAUUCACCAUAGAACAAUUGAAUGAAAUACGGAAGUCAAGUAUAUCGCGACUGCUAUGCGAUAACGGGGACAACAUUCAACACAUGCAACAAUUAGGAUUUAAUCAAAUUUCCGAAUCGAAUCCGCUUGAAAGAUGCGACAAGCUCCCACAAGUAGAUCUUUCUCUCUGGAAGGAUUAUGCUCCAGAGAGCCAUGGUCAUACAUAUCGUGUUACACCGUUAUAUAAAAAGAGAUGAGCAAGCAGAGAGUCUCUUCUCACGUCACAAAAAUGCCGGAGAAAAAAUUCAUGCUUUUUGAUGAUUAGGAAUCAGAUUUGAUUUAAAUAGUAUCUAUAAGUGAGUCUCUCAAGAAAACAAUUAACUGUUUGUAAAUUUUAUAAUUUUGGUACCAGAGCACAUAAUCGGUAAUAGCCUCCUCAAUGUUUUUUAUUAUAUGAAAUUGAUCAAUUUAGCUACACGCUCAAAUAGCACUUCAAAUAAUUUGGUAAUUUAAAAAAGGACAAUAAAGACGCUCACACACACAUACACACACACACAAACCGUUAUCAAGUAAGUAAUAAAAACAGGAAUCUCUGCGCGAGAUUAUCUUAUAUCGUAAGUGAAAGUUACAGUAAUAUGUGUAUUUUGAUAUAAUUUACGUCUUUGUAAUGUAUAUAAUAUCGACACGUAAGUUUUGUUUUUAUUGUUGUAUGGAACUGUUGUAAAAUUUCCUUUCUUGCUCUUCCAAAUUGUAAACAUAUACUUAAUUUUAAAUAUAGCGAGUAUGCUAGUUCAGCUGUAAAAAAACAAACUAAUAGAUAAUAUUUAUAUUGAA